AUGCCAAACAGCAAACCGUCACAGGCCCUGAAAAACCAUGUCAACCAGAAUGUGAAGCAGGUGGUCCUGGGGAAUCUUCAAUUUAAGGCGUGGUUUGAUUCGCGUUACCCUGAGGAGCUAGUGAGACCUGGCGAUGGAACGCUGUACGUCUGCCGGUGGUGUUUCCGAUAUACAUGCGACAGACAAGCAUACCUGGGCCACACGCCCACAUGCGGAAGCAAGGAUGCACCACUCGGCACCCAAAUCUACGACCAUGGCGGAUAUUCGGUAUGGGAGGUCGAUGGCGAGGACCAAAAGCUCUUUGCGCAGAAUUUGUCUCUCUUUGCAAAGUUAUUCCUAGACCACAAAUCCGUCUUUUUCGACGUGUCCUCGUUUCUAUACUAUCUCCUCGUCUACACCAAUCCUACCGACCCGGACGACUACCAUGUACUGGGGUUCUUCUCAAAGGAAAAGAUGUCUUGGGAUGCUAAUAAUCUAGCAUGUAUUCUCAUCUUUCCACCCUUCCAACACAAGCAGCUGGGCAAGCUCUUAAUGGGCAUUAGCUACAAAUUGAGUGCAUGGGAGUGGAAGGGCGGAGUUAUUGGUGGACCCGAGAAACCUCUCAGUGAGAUGGGCCAUAAGAGCUAUGUGAGGUUUUGGGAAGAGAGGAUGGCUCGAUUCCUCCUUCAUGUCAGCGCUAACGCGGUGAAGGACGAGCAAUCCAAAGCCAAUAACGUAAAGCCACAGCCUACGAAAAAGUAUAGGAAAAAGCCCCCUCGAGAGCAGAUGUCAAUUCAGGAUAUUGGACAGGCGACUGGUAUGUUAGCGGAGGAUGUCCUCACAGCCCUGAAUUCAAUGGGGGUUGUUCAAGCAGAGAAGAAACCUGUGAAACGGAAACGAGCCUCACAGCCAGAUGGUGAAGAUGAACCCCCUACUGCAGUCAUCAAACGGUCCAAUGUCCUAGAAUGGUCGAAGUCGCACAGGGUGAACCUACGGGAUCCCGUUAGUGAGGACGGAUUUCUAGGGGAAUGGGCCACAGGUAGUGACAACGAAUCGGAUUGA